AUGGCGGACGCUGAGACUUUUGCUUUCCAAGCGGAGAUCAACCAGUUGCUCUCCCUCAUCAUCAAUACCUUCUACAGCAACAAGGAGAUCUUCCUUCGUGAGCUCAUCACCAGAGCUUUCAUUCACAUCAUCCCUGACAAGACUAACAACACCUUGACCAUCAUUGAUAGUGGUAUCGGGAUGACCAAAGCUGAUUUGGUGAACAACCUUGGAACAAUUGCAAGGUCUGGUACCAAGGAAUUCAUGGAGGCGUUGGCUGCUGGAGCUGAUGUUAGCAUGAUUGGGCAGUUUGGUGUUGGUUUCUACUCGGCUUACCUUGUUGCUGAUAAGGGGAACGAAGAUGACCUUUACCUCAAGGAAGACCAGUUGGAGUACCUUGAGGAGAGGAGGCUUAAGGAUUUGGUCAAGAAGCACUCUGAGUUCAUCAGCUACCCGAUCUCUCUCUGGAUUGAGAAGACCAUUGAGAAGGAGAUUUCUGAUGAUGAAGACGAGGAAGAGAAGAAGGAUGAGGAAGGCAAGGUCGAGGAGGUAGAUGAGGAGAAGGAGAAGGAGGAGAAGAAAAGAAGAAGAUCAAGGAGAGGAGAUCAACAAGGAGGAGUACGCCGCUUCUACAAGAGUCUCAGCAAUGACUGGGAAGAGCAUUUGGCUGUGAAGCACUUCUCCGUUGAGGGACAGCUCGAGUUCAAGGCUAUCCUUUCGUUCCCAAGAGAGCUCCUUUCGAUCUCUUUGACACCAAGAAGAAGCCAAACAACAUUAAGCUCUACGUCCGUCGUGUCUUCAUCAUGGACAACUAGAGACUUGCAGCAGAACAAGAUCCUCAAGGUCAUCCGCAAGAACCUUGUGAAGAAGUGCCUUGAGCUCUUCUUUGAGAUUGCUGAGAACAAGGAGGACUACAACAAGUUCUACGAGGCAUUCUCCAAGAAUCUGAAGCUCGGUAUCCACGAGGACUCUCAGAACAGAACCAAGAUCGCUGAGUUGCUCCGUUACCACUCAACCAAGAGCGGUGAUGAAUUGACCAGCCUCAAGGACUACGUGACGAGGAUGAAGGAAGGUCAGGAGGACAUCUUCUACAUCACCGGUGAGAGCAAGAAGGCUGUGGAGAACUCUCCAUUCCUCGAGAAGCUCAAGAAGAAGGGACGAGAAGAAGAAGAAGGAAGAGCUAAGGAGAAGUUCGAAGGACUCUGCAAAGUGAUCAAGGACGUUUUGGGAGACAAGGUCGAGAAGGUUAUCGUCUCUGACCGUGUGUGGACUCACCUUGCUGUCUUGUCACCGGCGAGUACGGCUGGACCGCGAACAUGGAGAGGAUCAUGA